AUGUCGGGGGUGGCGGGUUGUAGCGUGGGGGCUGCGGGCUCAGUGGGCUCGGUGGUGCGGCGUUUCCUGGCGGAGUAGCGGGCCGCCCUCAAGGUGCUGGACGCCUACCUUGUCUACGUGCUGCUCAGCGGGGCGCUCCAGUUCGGCUACUGCCUUGGCGUCGGCACCUUCCCUUUCAACUCUUUCCUCAGCGGCUUUCUCUCCGCCGUCGGCAGCUUCAUCCUUGGCGAUCAACCCCAAAACAAAGGCGAGUUCCAAGGCAUUUCACCAGAUGGGGCACUUGCUGGUUUCCCCUUUGCCAACAACAUCCUCCAUCUUGUUGUCAAUUUUGUUGCCUGA